GUCUAACAGUAACAACCGGGCCACAUGCCCAUUGUUAUACUUCCCUCGAAACGUUAACAUUUUCACGUGUCGUCUGCGGUAAUGUCAACACACAGGCAAGUGGGGGUGCUGGUCGCGUGAGUGGGUGAUCAGUCGGUCUCCGCGAGUGAGAGGCGCGGGCGUCAUAUACCGAUUCGCCGGCCUCGCAAAACAACUUUCGGUAACAAAAUUAACUUUAUCACGUUAGGUAUAAAGUGCAUUAUCCUUUGGUGAUAUUCGCUGAACAGUGACCCGUGUAGAUUUGUGAUUGUGAUAAAAUGUCGGACAACACUAUGAGCGAUGAUUUGAAACGUCAAGCUGCGAUGUUCUACAAUUCAACGGAAAGAGAAAAAACAAAAGAGCAGUCAUCAUGGCGCUUCUGGCAGAAAAGACGACUACUGGUCGCUCUCCUCGCGUUCUUCGGAUUUUUCAACUGUUACGCGCUGCGCGUCAACCUCUCCGUCGCAGUUGUCGCCAUGACUGAACCCGUAGAGACGGAGUUAGACAACGGGACUAUUAUUUACGUGCCGGAGUUCGACUGGAGUUCCCAAACCAAGGGUCUGGUGCUGAGCUCGUUCUUCUACGGCUACCUGGUGACGCAGCUGCCGGGCGGCUGGCUGGCAGCUAAGAUAGGAGGUAACAGGGUGUUCGGAAUCGGUAUAGGCGCAACUUCUCUGCUAACCCUGUUUACGCCGCCACUCGCCCACACCAGUACUGCGCUUUUAAUCACUGUUAGAGUUAUUGAAGGCCUUUUUGAGGGUGUGACGUACCCGUGUAUCCACGCGGUGUGGUCGCGGUGGGCGCCGGCGUCGGAGCGCGCGCGGCUGGCCACGUUCGCGUUCAGCGGCAGCUACGCCGGCACCGUCGUCUCCAUGCCGCUCUGCUCGCUGCUCGCGCACUACACCGGCUGGCCGGGGAUAUUCUACGUCUUUGGUAUCCUAGGUCUAGUAUGGACGACGAUCUGGUGGCUGGUCGUGAAGGAGUCCCCGGAAAAGGACCCGCACAUAACCGCCGCAGAACUUAAAUAUAUACAGGAGUCGAGAGGUGCGCAGACGUUGGAGGGUGCACAGCUGCGCCACCCCUGGUGCGCCAUGCUCACCUCCCCCCCGGUGUGGGCCAUCGUCGUCGCGCACUUCAGUGAGAACUGGGGCUUCUACACGCUGCUUACCUUUCUACCCACUUUUAUGAAAGACGUAUUCAAGUUCGAGACGUCGUCAGCAGGCUGGGUGUCUGCGCUGCCGUACCUGGCCAUGGCGCUGACGCUGCAGGUGGCCGGACACCUCGCUGACUGCCUGCUGCGCCGCGGGACAUUCUCACGCACCAAUAUACGCAAGAUCUUCAACUGCGGCGCAUUCUUAUCUCAGACAAUCUUCAUGGUGGCAGCAGCGUAUUCCAGUAACGUUGUAGCCUGUGUGGUAUUCCUCACUAUUGCAGUUGGACUGGGAGGUUUCGCUUGGUCCGGUUUCAGUGUGAAUCACUUGGACAUAGCGCCGCCGCACGCCAGCGUGCUGAUGGGACUGUCUAACACGGUGGCCACGUUGCCCGGCAUCAUCAGCCCGCCGCUCGCCGGCGCCGUCGUCACUCACAAGACAGCGGAACAAUGGCGGAUAGUGUUCUUUAUAUCUAGCGGUAUUUACCUAGCAGGGGCGAUAAUCUACGGCUGGUUAUGUUCCGCGGAACGUCAGCCAUGGGUCGUUGAAUGUGAGGAUGUUAGCUUCAGCACAGAUGGCGCCUCCGUCACCACAGUACGGGGCGUAGACAACAAGGCUAUGGACCACACGGAAAUGUGAACACCACAGAUUAUAUAUUAGACCAUAGAUAUGUAGAAAACAUUUUUUUUAUACAAGAAGGUGGCAAACGAGUAAGCGGCCACCUAAAUCCGCCGAAAUGGCGAAGCUACUAUUGCCCAUAAACAUCGCAAUUGCAGAUGCGUUGCCUACCCUAAAUCGACGGAGGAGGACACGCACAUAAAGAGGAUGUUUCCCCUUCCUAUGCGUCUCCUCCGCCGCCAAAUCCACUUUCCCAUCCAAUCCUUUCCUUAUAAGAAAAGUGUGGAACGGGAAAGGGACUAAAAUUGGGCAUCCGGCACCACACUUAUCAGACUCUACGCGGAAUUGCUUCCACUUCACGCCUGUCUUCUGUGUGGUCGUGGUAUAACACCGGGCGAGCCGACCCAUUCGUGCUAAGAUGUUAAACCGGACUCUACCACUGUUAAAAUGACCAUAGACUAAGAACUGACCCGACAGACUAAUGAAAAGUACCUUUAUGGUUUUAUCUUUUUUUCAAUCGUGCGAGCAUUUUUAUUAAAAAAAUUACACUUGUAUUGAAAUUGUAGUAUUGCCGCUGGAACGGUAAAAUUAUGUUUAAAUAAGCAUUGUUUUCAUAGCUAUUCUAAGAUAUUAUUAUUACAGAGAUUUUCACUGAUUAAAAAAAUGCACGCUUUGAAUUGUAUAGAUUUAAUCUCAAAGCUUAUUUUCUUAGCGAACGCCGAUCUUAGGUCCCACGGAAGUUCUAAGUACUUAUACUAUGGCUGACUAGACUAUGGUUAUGUCGCCAUAAAAAGGCGGAACAAAAAGUUUUACGCUCAAAUUGUAAUUAUGUAAUCUCAAAAACAGAUCAUAGCUAUCGGAUUUAUUUGAUGUGAUAUUUAUUUGUAAGUUGCGUUGCGUUCAAUGUGAUUUGUUCAUAAAGUAUUUGUAUUAUAAGUGUAAUAAAUAUUAAAUUAAA